AUGCUUCUGCGCAGUGAUUUGUUUUUCCAACACAAAGUUGCCAUACACAAUGCGUUUGUGUGCGAUGCCCAUCGUAAAGCACUCUUGAAGAAGUUUUGUUUUGUAGAAACAAAAAGUAGAUGUAGUGCUUGCUUGAGUGUGAGAAAUAUCGAAAAACAACACAAGGCUGGCUUACGGAACAUUUCCGUAUCUCAAGCUAUUACACUAUUCGAAGUUUUUCAGGUGAAAAACUCUUUUGGCAAACUGAUCUGUCGAGAUUGUCGUGGUGAAGUUGCGAAGAAAACAGAUUCAGUGAGAGAGGAGCUCCAUAAUGAUGCUUUUAACUGUAUUUUCGACAUUGAAUCGCUAUGCUGUGAAGAUCUCAUGGAACAGGACGACGAUAAGGUAGAUAAUGAUUUUGAUUAUCAGCCAUUAUAUGACUUUUCCUUUGGAAGUGAGACGCUGAAAGAGCAAACAGCAGCUUUGAAUAAUUUUCUCACUGCUUGCGGCAGCAAAAAUAAAGUGACUGUAACAACGUCGUACAAAGAUCUAUCGCAUCGUGUGAAAUUGAGAUAUGUGAGAUUAUUCAGAUCGAUAACGCAAUUAGUCGCGAAGCUGAUGACUUCGGAGGAUGCCAGUAUGUUAAUGCACGACUCAUUUCGAGAUUAUGGUGAAGAUGAGUCGAAUAUUGUUUUAGACGGUAAUUUUCGUCAAGUGAUGAACGGUAUAAAGGAAGCAUACGCUAAUGCUGAGUCAUGGGAAGCUAGACGAGAAAUCCUUUCAGUUGUUGCGCCGAAAAUAUCAUUAAAACUCAUACAACUAUUUAUACCAGGUUUAACGGGUAGCAGGUUUACUGCAGCACGCUUACACGCUAAAAAGUACUCUGCAGGCUCUCGAAUUGAAGAAACUUCAAAAGUUGUGCAACGAUUUGAUGAUCGUCAAAUCGCACAUUUCCUCGAUUUUAUUGUAUCGCCUCAUGUAUGUACUGAUCUGCCGUUUGGCGAGAAAGUGCUGAAAUUGUCUUCUGGUGUUGAGUUAUUUGUUCCCAACACGAUAAGAAACAUGGGUGCAACCCGUAUAAUUGAUCAAUAUCUCCAGUACUGCCAAGAAAUAUCUCUUGAUUUUGAGCCACUUCGUGAAAGUAGUUUAUUUACUAUUCUGAAUACUUGCAAAGCGUCAACAAGAAAGUCUUUACAGGGUAUCAACUACUUUGCAGCUGAGGCUGGAGAAGCGUUUGAUGGUUUACAAAAAAUGAUUGACGAUGAAGUUCCUUUACGUAAUGAAAGUGAACGACUAAUUGAGAAUUUAAAACGCGCUCGAUUUUAUUUGAAAUCUGACUAUAAAGUACAUAUAUCGAGAUCGAGUAAUGUUGCUGAUCAUUGUUGCGUUUACGCGCUAAGUGAUCCAAAAAACCGUGACUUCGCGCAAGAUUGUGAUCAUCAACAUGAUGAAUUCUGUAUUGAGUGCUCGAACUUAACAGAUACUUUGAAUGAAAUCGAAAAACUGCUAGGAGAAAUAGGAAAAGACAAAGAUAUACUAGACAGAGCGUUAAAAAAAUUUCAACUAUAUCGCGAAUCUAUUGAAGCAUGGAAAGCUCAUUUACUAAGAUCUAUAAAUCAAGAUUUAUGUCGAGAAAAUUUACUCGAUAAAUUGGCGCACAACGAAAUAUAUAUAAAUCUUGAUUGGGCUAUGAAAUUUCUUCCUGUUAAAAGCCGAGAGCCCCAAUCAGAAUUUUUCGGUAAAAGAGGUAUUAGUUGGCAUAUCAGUGUUGUCAUGAAAAACGGGACAAGCAUUGAAGACGAUAAAAAUACUUCCGUUGAACAAAGUGAUAUAUUUGACGACAGUCAGCAAACCGACGACUUCGAGAUGAUUGAUGUUUCUGAGAAAAACAGCGUUGAUCAUAACACCACUCAUAAAGAAAACAAACAGUCUUUCAAAUAUAAGAUCUUUGUGCAUGUUUUUGAUGAGUGCACUCAAGACAGCGAAACAGUUCUUGCAAUUUUGAGUGACGUUUUAUCUCAAAUUAAGCAGGCAGACCCACAGAUAGAAAAUGCUUACGUUCGAUCGGACAAUGCUGGAUGUUAUCAUUCAGCAAGCACUCUUGCGCUGGCAAGCCGUGUAUCAGAAAAGACAGGUAUCAUGAUCCAGCGAUUUGAUUUUUGUGACCCACAAGGUGGCAAGGGUCCAUGUGAUCGAUAUGCUGCUGUCAUUAAAUCAAAUGUUCGUAGAUAUCUAAAUGAAAAUCAUAAUGUAACAACAGCUUAUGAGUUUGUUGAAGCUUGCCGCUCAUAUAAAGGUGUGAGAGGUGUCUUUGCGUCGGAAUACCGAAUUGGACUCCGCGACAGUGAGAAACGUAAGAAAUCCACAAUUGCUCAAAUAACAAAUUAUUUUAAUUUUCAGUAUCAAAGCCAAGGUCUUCUAGUACAUCGUUCUUGGAACAUAGGUUCCGGUCUCUUUAUACCAUGGUUACGGUUGAAUCGUGAACAGCCCAUUCUAGAUCUCAUAUCUAAUACAACAGAAAAGCUUGUGCACGAAUGGGUUGAGACAAGACAGAAAUUUCAUGAUGAAGAAAUCUGUGUAGAUGACUAUGAUGAACAAAAUGAAGAAUUUUUGUCUAUUCCAUAUAUGCGAAAGCGUAUAUAUACUUGUGAUGUGGAGCCAGGCUGCAUAUCAGAAUUUAUGACGUUUGGUAGAUACAUGAAUCACAUAGUUAUUGGUAGUCAUAAGCGAAAAACUGAAAAACUUUCUUUCAAAGACACAGCUAUGAAAAUGUAUCAUACCAAAUUAGAAGAAUUUGAAAACCGACGAAUAGUAUCGAUGGAGUUGCAUUUAUCUGACAUGACGGAUGUUGACGCAACUCCUCCUUCGGAGGGUUGGGCUUUGCCAGUACGCAAGCCAAAAACUGAGUUUACGGACAAGCAGCGCGAGUAUCUGACGAAAAAAUUUGAUGAAGGUGUGUCCAGUAUAAAGCACUGGAAGCCAAAAGAAGUUGUACUCGACAGGGAGACGCUGAAAGCAAAUGGUAAAUUCUACUUUUCGCCUAGCGAGAUUUUAACAGAAAGUCAAAUUCGGUCCUAUUUUUGUCGAAUCAAGCGAGAUGUAGAAAAAAAUGGCUCACGACUACUGUCAAAAAAUGACAGUAUCGUUCACCAACAGGUUGUAACAAGCACUAGCACCGACAGAGAUGAUGAAGAAAUAGAUGUAGAACUGGAGACAUUAGUGCAAGAUUAUUUAGAUACUGAGGCCAUUUUAGAAGCAAAGGAAAUAUUCGAAAAUCUUACUUUGGAUGUGCGGAUGGCACUUGACUUUGCUUUUUCGAAAAAUUCAUCGAACACAACUCCGCCUAUGCCACAAAUGCGAAAUUCAUCAGAUAGAAAGUGA